AUGGACAGCCGUGAGAUAUUGGAGUUGGAGAACAAGCUUCUUGAUCCGACCACAGAAGAACCAAUUUCUCUACCCCUACACUUUUUGAGAUCGAUAACAAAUGGUUUUAGCAAUGAGCAAGAACUCGGGAGGGGUGGGUACGGAGUAGUUUACAAGGGACGACUUCUCCACCAUGGCGAUUCAUUUAUUGCUGUGAAGAAGUUUCAUGAUAGUCAUGUAGUGAAGGGUGAUGAACAGUUCCAGAAAGUGGCCACUUCUCUUAUCAAACACCCAAAUGUGACACAACUCCUAGGUUACUGUUCAGAAUCAAAGGGAGAGAUGAUCAAGCUACCGAACGGGAAAUGUGUUAUUGCUGAUAAACAGACAAGAAUUCUCUGCUUCGAGUAUAUGUGUAAUGGAGGCCUUGAUAAGCAUCUUUCAGCUUUGGAAUGUGUGCACCCUGAGAAGGAGAAAAGGCCAAAUGUAUCAAAUAUAAUUGAAAUUCUUAAUGCAGCAGAAGGAAGUUGUGUUCAAAAUGGUGAAGAUUUACUGGUAGAUCACCAGAUUGGAGCCCAGGAAGGGGUACUGCAACCGGAUGUGCAGCGUGAGGACGGCUUGAUGGAUCACCGACCAGCGUGGAUCACAAAAGGCAUAAUGAAAUCAGCAGCUGCACCACUCCAACCACAACGCGAGCCAGUUUUGGAAAGUGUGGAUGGUUCGCUUUGUUAUCAAGGGUCACGAAAUGCAUCAUUUUGGGUGGCGCACAAGGCGCUGGCUUCCUUGGAGGACAACGUGCUCAAGGACUGGGCAGCCACCAUCAACCUUGGCCCAGGCGUCACGGCCCUCCAGCUAGAGCUGCUAUCUGUCAAGGCGAUUCUUGAGUCCACCCUCGGCAAGGUAAUACACAACUCAGCGCUUGAGCACUGUCUAAUGAUGCUUCAAGACCUCGUAUAUGACGCUGAGGAUGUGGUGGACGAGAUGGAAUACUUUCACAUCCAAGACAUGCUGGACGCCAACCAGCAUGCCGAAGGUUGCGCCCACAACCUGGACCUUAAUGUGUCGCCAUCUAUUCAUGAUGAACCACCAAAGUUGAGAUUUGAUAGGGACAAUGCCUCCCGAAGAAUAGAACAUAUUGUAGAGCAAAUGCAGCUCAUUGAAAAGAAGUUCUCUAGUGCUAUUAAACUAUUAGGUUCUGACUGGAGCACUACCCCAAACAUUGCACAAAAUCGCCCCAUCACCAUCUCUGAAAGUAUAGAGCCAAAACUGUAUGGGAGGGAGCUUUUGAUGAAGAGGAUCAUAGAUGAUAUCACAAAGGGUAAACACUGUCAUGGCGUCCUCACAGUUAUUCCAAUUGUUGGUCCAGGGGGCAUAGGAAAGACAACUCUUGCACAACAUAUAUAUCACAAUGGAGAAGUGCAAGAACAUUUUGAUGUCAGAGUUUGGACAUGUGUCUCACUCAAUUUUAAUGUGAAUAAGAUGAUAGAAGAGAUUCAAAGAUAUAUCCCUAAAGUUGAUCGUGAAAGUAGUAAUGGUACUGCUAGUGAGUUGAUUGGGCAAAGAUUGAAAAAUAAGAGGCUUUUGCUUGUAUUAGAUGAUAUAUGGGACUGCAGUGAUGAGGAUGAAUGGAAACAGCUAUUGGUGCCAUUCAAAAAAUCACAAGUACAAGGUAAUAUAAUUAUAGUUACAACUCGAUUUCCAGCACAAGCACAAAUAAUGGUUCGGAAAAAUGAUCAUUCAAUAUAUUUGCAAGGUAUAGAAAAUAAAGAAUUUGAGGAAUUCUUCCUAGAAAUUAUCUUCGGUGAUGAUGAUCAAUCUAGAAAGGAGCAUAGAUUCUUGCUAGAAACUGGAUUUAAGAUAGCUGGUAGACUAAAGGGCUCCCCUCUUGCAGCUAAAACUGUUGGUAGAUUGUUGAAAGCCCAUCUUGACUUGGUUCACUGGACUCGAAUCUUAGAAAGUAAGGAAUGGGAGCAUAGUAACGGCAAGAAUGACAUUAUGCCUGCACUGAAGUUGAGCUUUGAUUACCUAUCUUCUCAGCUUCAGCAGUGUUUCUCCUACUGUGCUUUAUUUCCUCAAGAUUACAAAUUCAAAAAAGAAGAGCUAAUUAACUUCUGGAUAGGACAAGAAGCUUUGCAUUAUUCACCACAUGGUGAAAGUAAAAGAGUUGAAGAUAUCGGGCUAAGUCAUUUGACUGAGUUGGUUAAUUAUGGAUUUUUGGAAGAUGAAGGGGAAAAGGAUGGAAGAACUUGUUACAUCAUUCAUGAUCUCUUACAUGAAUUAGCACGAAAAGUUUCAUCACUUGAAUGCCUUAGCAUACACACUCAAUCUCAAGUGAGCUCCUUACAAAUCCCGACAUCAAUCCGCCACUUGUCUAUCAACAUAGAUGAUACCAGUGUCAACAAUAGAUUGACUCAAAAAAAUUGUGUGGAGGAUAUCAAUACAUUGCACACAAGAUUAAAAGUUGAAAAACUGCAAACUUUGAUGAUAUUUGGGAAACACCACGGUUGCUUUGUGAAGGCUUUUGGUGAUUUAUUUAGGGAAGCAAAGGCCCUUCGUGUUAUUUUUCUAUCAAAAGCAUCCUAUGAUGUGGAAUAUUUGUUGUGCAACUUUUAUAGUCUGCUCCAUCUUCGCUACCUUCGAAUUGAAAGUUCUUCUCUAUAUAAAGCCAGAUUUCCCAACAAAAUUUCUAGAUUUUAUCACAUGAUGGUCCUAGAUGCAGAACACUGUGACAUCAUAGAUCUACCAAGAGAUGUCAGCAACCUUGUAAAAUUGCGCCAUCUUCUUGUUCAAGAUGAUACAAUACACUCUAGCAUCACUGAGGUUGGGAAACUAAAAUCAUUACAAGAGUUGCGAAGAUUUAUGGUCAAACAAGAUGAUCAAGGUUUUGAAUUAAGGCAGAUAGGACAUUUGGAAGAGCUCUGUGGGUCACUGUGCAUUGAUAGUCUUGAAAAUGUUCAGGUACCAGAAGAAGCAGAUGAAGCAAAAUUGAUGCUAAAAAGCCACCUACAUGAGUUGAUACUACGUUGGAAUGUUAAUUGGUUUACUGAUGAUUCUGCACUCGAAAAACAUGUUCUUGAAAGGCUUAAGCCAAAUCGCAAUCUUCAGAAGUUAUCCAUUACAGGGCACAGAGGAGGCACUUGCCCUUCAUGGCUGGGUAUGAACCUCUCACUGAGUAAUCUGCAAUCUCUUUGUCUAGAUGAUGUAAACUGGAAAACAUUUCCACCUAUAGGAGAUUUGUGGUUAGUAAAUGUGCCCCGUGAGGAAAUCUCAAUCAAUAUCCCUGAGAAGAGGUUUGGAAAUUUGAGAAGGCUGAAACUUAUACACUUGUCAGGGUUGAAAACAUGGGCUGUACAUGCGCCUUGUCAAUUGUUUCCUUGUUUGGAAGUGCUUAUCAUUAGGGAUUGCUCUCAACUUGUGGAAUUAUCAUUUUCGCAUUCUGCUGGUUGUUGUCAACAAGGGAAAGAUGCAAAUGACAAUUUAUUUCCUAGACUGAAGGAGCUCCAUAUUAAGAGAUGUCCACAACUAUUGUCAUUUGCACCCAUUCCUUGGACUGAAGCUCCGUGCUACAUUGAAAUAACAGGAAUUUCAUCUCUUGAUAUAUUGGUUUAUGGAAACGAAAAUAGUUAUUUGGACAUUAAGGGAAAUCAUAAGGAUACAAAUGAUAGCACGGUUUGGGAUGUGCUAGCUUUUCAUAAUCUAACUGGACUGAAGAACUUAUGCCUGCACUGGUGCCAAUCUCUGCCACUGCAUUACUUACAAAUGCUAUCAUCCCUAAGGACCCUACGUAUGUCUUAUCCGAGUAAUGUCUUUCCACUUGUUGAAGCUGACAGCCAUGUCAAAUACCAGUUUCCAGUUGAAUCGCUGGCCAUCGAGGGCGUGUGGAGUCCUAGUGGGAAAGAGUUGACACAGCUACUUGUCUACUUCCCAAAGCUCUCAGAUCUGGAGCUGUGGUUCUGUGCAAAGGUAACAGGGCUGGCUGUGAAUGUGAGGGGACAGCACGCAACAGAGACGCCCGGAACAACAACUUCAGCUAACAAAGAGGAUCAGCAGCAGGAUGCAAGAGCAAAUGUCGACGUAAUAGUCGCAUCAGAAGAAGCAGAACAUGGCCUAUUGAUUUUGCCUCCCCAACUGCAGGUCCUGAAGAUCCAUGGCAGCCCAAAGCUGCGACUCCUUGGCUCCAAUCCACAUGACGACAACAACAAAGAUGGACGAACUGGGCAAGGAGGAGGGCUCUGGGGUCUAAGCUCCCUCCGAAGGCUGGAAAUCAUGCGUUGCCCCGAGCUCCUGUCCUCAUACUCGUCUUCAUCCUUCUCUUCUUCUUUCCCCUUGCCCAACUCCCUGGAACACCUUAGCAUUUCAGGAGAGAUGGGCACGGGGGCUCAACUGCCUCUAUCAAACCUCACUGCUCUCACAAGUUUAUCCAUACACCGAUGUGGGGAUUUAAGAGGCGUGUGGUCUCUCCUCGCCCAAGGCCAUCUCAACGAAUUAUCUGUUCGAGGAAACCCCAAUUUUUUUGUUGAUUCCGAACAGGAGAUUCCAUCCUGUUCCUCAAAACUGCAGAGGCUUACCAUAGAUGAUGUGGCUGGAUUCACUGCUGCGGCCAUUCGUCAUAGCCCGCUCUUUUCCUCGCUCACCACAUUGGAAAUUUGUGAGGAUAAUAAGGUGAAGAGCUUCACAGAGGAGCAAGAGGCCCUUCUGUUUGUCGACUCCCUCGAGCAUAUCAAAUUUAUUGGCUGCCACAACCUGCAGUCCCUCCCUGAACGGCUACCUAGACAUCCCAACCUCAAGAGGUUACACAUCUGGAAGUGCGGAGCAAUCCAGAUGCUGCCCAAGGAGGGCCUUCCAAGCUGCCUGCGAUAUUUAAAUGUCCGUGACAGCGGAAGCGAGGAGCUAAGGAGACAGUGCCGCGAGUUGAUAAAUAUCAUUCCAAUAGUCCAAGUCUGA